CGGUCCUGUGACACUAUCAUUCAUCAGGUCACUCGCUCCUCCUGUCAGUCUCUCCGCCUCCUCGACCACUCUGGCCAGACUGACGUUUCUUGUUAUUGGUGGAAGUGACGCGACUCUCUCAGAGUAAAUCAGCCACAGGCAGAGAUGACCACUGGUGAUCUGAAAGGAUGUCUGAGAAAGCUGGAAGCGUCUCUCCGUUCUCUGAAGUAUCCCGGAGAAGUGGACUAUCAAAGAUUGGCUGUGGGAGAUCCAUCGGCUUGUCUUCCUGUUGUGAGCUUUGCCUUCACAUCCUUUUCCCCUUCACUCACAGAGCACCUGGUUGAUUAUGGCGUGGAACUAACCGGAUUGAAUGAUUUACGAUUUAUUGAGAAUGUUUACAAGGUCUUGCGGGAUGUUUUCAGCUAUAAGCCACUGUUAACCAAACAGCAGUUUCUUCAGUUUGGCUUUGCUGAGAGGAAAGUCAUCAUUCUCUGUGAUAUCAUUGGCCUUAUUCUCAACAAGCACAAAGAACUCACAAAAGAAAGCAAGCAUGUCAGUAAACCAAAGAAAAGGCCACAGUUCAAGAGCUGCGCUAAAUAUGAGAUCUCUUCUGCUGAGAGUAACUCACUGGGGUUAACAGCCCUGACAAAGCAGCCACUGGUCGAAAGGCAUCUUGGCAGCAGCUCAGCACCAACACAGAUCAGACGCUCCUCAGAAGAGCAGCCCCAGCAGGAUGAGGAAGCCGAAAAGAGGGACUCAGACUGCAACUCGUCUCAAACUGCAAAUUCAAUUGAGUGCGUUUUAGAGAGCCAGCUGAGGGGCGUAGAAGCAAGUCUUCUGGAUAGUGUUGCCAGACUGGAGCAGCGAUUGGCUCUUAUGGAACGCAGGAUACAUGCUCUGGAGAAAAGCUCGGCUGGCAAGAUUAUCAUUGAGAGCAACCGGUGGGAGAACCUGGAGAGUCGCGUGCUGCUGCUGGAGACCAGGCAGGCGUUGACCUCAGCACAGGGUCUAACUUCGGGAGAUGGUGUCCUCAGCACAGACAAUAAGUUCAAAGAGGACACAGUAUCUGCAAGUGGCAUUUCUGCUGUGAUACAUCCACCAUGUGACAUCAGUGAUAAUGGACACGCUCCAGUCAGUUCUCCUCCUACAGCUCCCCAGAACUUUAAAGAAAGGCUGGACAGAAUAGUUCACAUGAUGAAGGAUACAUCUAACUUUCUUCAAAACAUAGAACCCACAAUGUAAAUUGAAUCUCAGAACAGAGGAAUGUGUUUUAAAGAAAUAAAAUUUGUCGUUAUUACCCACCCUCAUAUUGUUCCAGAAUAAGUAUAACAAAGACUUUCUGAUAAACAGAGCAAAAUUGUAAUUCCUUAAAAGUAUGGCCCAAUACCAUAUGGUGGCAACUGUAUUUCGAAUAAAUUUAAUAGAUAUUUCAGUGGUUCUUGUUCAUGAAAAAAAUGAGUAGUGGCACCAUGUUUGAUUUGUUAUCAGUUAUCAGAAGUGACAGACAGGUAAAACUCCUACAUUUCAUUCUGUUUCACAUACAAAGAUUAUUUUGUAAAUUGUAUGGGUGUAUAUAUAUGUAUAUUUUUUUAUACACCCUCCUACAUAUCCUGGAGCUGUAUUAACAUAACAUGAGUGUCUUGUCCUCUAGAUGUCACUGCCACCCAUUUAAAACCUAAUGGUAAAUUACUUCAUGGCUCCCUCUGUAGUCAGUUUUGUGUAUUGCUCCCUGUCCUGAACGCUGCAUCAGUCCAUUGCCACACAACAGUUACGAAUUCACUUCAGUGUCAAACAAAGUCAAAUGUGUAAUGAUCAUGUCUUUGUGCAUUAAUAAAUAUGACAUUUUUUUG